GCUAAGGCUCUGCAGGAGUCAACAAUGUUGAAAGUAUCCGAGGAUGGUACAAAGGUCUGUCGAGUAACACCGAUUCAGACAAAAGAGAAUGUUGACCAGUGCACAAUUUAUGUACAAAACUUACCACCAGGAGCGGACCAUGACUGGUUGAUCUCUGCUUUUUCCAAAUAUGGAACUGUAGAUUAUGUUUCGAUUCCACGUUACAAGAGCAAUAACAAGAUAAAGGGAUUUGCAUUUGUGGAAUUUGAUACACCUAGCCAUGCUCAAAAAUGCCUUAAGACAUUCCAAAAAAAAGGAUAUGUUUUGCCAACACAUGCAUCCCCCACUGAACUAUUAAGUAUAUCAACAUUUAAACAAUCUAAAAGUGAUAUAAUAAUUGGAGUGUUGGUUGAUGAUUCAAAGGCUAAAAAAUUGAAAGAGAAUGAAGAAGAAGCGUUCAAUGAAGAAACAGACUCCAAAGAUAAUUUAUGCAAAGUUAUAGAAGAUAAUAAUAGCAAACAAAGUAAAAAAAGAAAACAUUCUUUGGAAAAAUUGCAUGUUGUAGAUGAAAAUGACAUUAAAGUCAAAAAAGAUAAAAAAGAAAUUGCCACUCAAAAUAUAGUAGAUCAGCAAGACAAAAAAGGAAAGGUACUCAAAGCUGAAUUUGAAGUUAAGGUUAAGGAUAAUCCCUGUGAUACCGAAAUACAUGUAACGGAUAAUGGUGAUAAACGAAAUUUUAAAAGGAAAAAGUAUUCAGAAAAAUUGUCUGUUAAAGACGAAUAUGACAUUAAAAUAAAGAAAGAAGAAGUACAUAAAAGUACGACAAAUCGGCGGAAAAAAGUACUAAAAAAAGACUCUGAAGGCAAGAAAAAUAUAUAUGACAAUGAAAUAAAUGCAGCAGAUGGCAAUAAAGAAAAUAUAAAGGAAGAAAAAUGUGUCCUGGAAAAAUUACAAGUAGACGAAAGUGAUACUAAAGCAAAAAAAAGAAAAAAAACUAAAGAUGAAACUAUAACAGAUUGGCAAAGUGAAAAAGAACAAGUGCCAACAGAAGAACUCGAAGACAAGAAUAAUAAUCAUAGUAAUGAAAUAGAUACGACAGAUAAUCGACAAAAUCCAAAGAAAAGAAAAAUUUCAGAAAAAUCAUAUAGCAAAGAUGAAAGAGACAAAGGAAAUACAGAAAAUCAAGAGAAUAGUCGCAAUAAAAUUACAGAAAAAAAGAAAAGAAGACACACUGUAAAUGACACAAUCACUGUAGAAGACAUUAGCGGAGAAGCAAUAAAAGAAGAAUGUCAAAAACCAGUGACGAGUUCAAAUAAAAAUAAAACAAAAUUCGAACAUUCGUUUAAUGAGGAUGAGAAUAUUGAGACAAAUGUUUUAUCACAAACUGUAAAACAUUCUAUAAGAGAUUUCGGUACGAGUAGUAGUGAUAUUGAGGAAACUAAUAAAAGAAAGAAGAAAAAGAAUCGGAAAAAGAGAAAUAAAAUUUUGGACAAUGAUAUUUACAGUAAGAUAGGAUUGCAAAUAAUGGCAAAAUCAGAUUGGAAGCAUCUUCGAAACAAAUAUUUAGAUUUCCAACGACAUAAAAUGUCACAAUUGAAAAGGCAUUUGAGAAAAGCUGAAGGAGAAAAAGGCGGGAUUAUGACAAAAUGGUAUCAGGAAGACUGGUCUGUAAUACACAUUAUCCGUAAAUCUGAACAUGCAUUGGAUGAAUUAAUAUGUGAAAAUGAUGGCGAGAAACCUAAUAGGGAAGAAAAGUCUUAUGGACGCGUUAAUUAUGCACCAGGAAUUAUAGUAAAAGUUGAAAUGGAUGAACCUUGCACAAAUGUGCGAAGUUUUAAGAUGGAAUUAAGAAACAAUUCAGUGAAAUAUAUAGAUGUAACGACUGAUUCUUGUGAAGCCUAUGUAAGAUUUGAUACAGCAGAAGCUGCGCAGGCAUUUACCCAGAAGAGCUACGAAGGAAAACACUUCAUUGUUUUAGAAGGUGAUGAAGAGAAAAUAUAUUGGGAAAAAAUAUCGAAAGACAGGAUGGAAAAAUUGAGUAGAAAAGGAAGUCGACCAAAGAGUACUAAACUGCUAAAACGAGCAGAAAAAGAACUUGAAAAAUGUACAAAGUUCGAUCAGGAUUGAUUAUUAUAUUUUUUAUGGAUAUGUGCACGCACGCACGCGCGCCUUAUGCCGUCAAAUCCGUAUAACACAUAACACAACAUAUAAAUAAUGACACUUAUUAUACAAUUAAAACCAUUAAAGAAAAUUUAGAAAAAUUAACUUGUAUAAAAUUUAAUCCCUUUGUCAUUUACAAGAUUGAUCAUUAUAAUUCAUAUUUUAAGGAUUUAUUCUAGUAUACACAUAUUUUUAAAUCUACCAUCUUCCUCUGUCUCCUCCUCGACCUCCACCUGAACGAUUAAAUCUACCACCUCCGACUUUUGAAACCUCCAUUAUUGCCGCCUCUUCCUCUACUGAAAGAUUCUCUUCUGCUACCUCUACCUUUUCUGCCUUCAGCACUUCUUUUCAUGACCC